AUGAUAGGAGACGGAAGUCGAAGAUAUGCCCUUCGUACUAUGACGGGGAAAAACUGUGACCUCAAGACUAUCUCACAUAAUACUAUGACAGGCGUUAUUAAUGGUAGUUAUGAGGAAGUUAUAUCCUGUUAUCGUAUCAUUGACUGCAGGUAUCCCUAUGAAUAUGAAGGGGGUCAUAUCAAGAAUGCAGAAAAUAUUUAUACCAAAAAUGGAAUAAUAGAAUUCCUUGAAGAUAAUUGUGACGUUGCAAAAAGACAGGUGCUCAUUUUUCAUUGCGAGUUUUCGUCCGAAAGAGGACCCAGGCUUUGCCGAUUUCUCCGUAGUAAAGACCGCCAACGAAAUAACUACCCGCUUCUAACCUUUCCUGAAAUGUACAUUUUAGAGGGAGGCUACAAACAGUUUUACCAAAACCAUAAGGAACUAUGUGAACCGGUUGACUAUUUGCCCAUGCUACAUAAAGACCAUGUGGAUGACAUCAAACGAUUCCGUUCUAAAUCUAAAUCGUGGACUGCUGGAGAGAAAAAGAGAAUUCCUUUCUGUCUGUAUUCCUGAUGUCAGGACCUUACAACCAAGUGAUCCCGAAGUUCGUUCACCUGAACUUCAAACCAAAUGAAAGCAGUGCCACUAAUCAGUGAUUGGUCAUUAUCACCAUAAUCACUUGCUAUCCAAAUUAAUGGUUUUAUUCUUCAGUAAUCGUAUUAUCAGAAUACAAAAAUCAGACACGCUGCUAUAUAAAU